AUGGAUGGAUAUCUGAACUCUUCGCUGGAGGAGAAGACAAUAUACGACAUAUACCGGGCAUGUCGGCUGUGCGGUGCUGGCGCUGGCUAUAAGAUGCCCAUCAUGCAGAACGUUGUACACCUAGACAGUUCUGAGAAACAACUGCAAUCAACUCAGGACAGACUGAAUCAACCGCACCUGAAAGUGUUUCAAGAUUGUGUAACACGAUGGAACAGUACAUUCUACAUGUUCGAGCGUUUUUCAAAGAUAAAGGAUGCUCUGACCCUUUACAUGAAUGAUAAUGAAAUUGACCCUAUUCGUCGAGUGAAGACGAAAGUCAAAAUGAGCCAGAAAAUAGUAGCGUUGAAUCUGUAUUAA